AUGAAGACUGCCACUUUGUCACUGUUUCUUACAGCUGGUGCUGCGAGUGCCCGACUUCUGGAGUCCCGAACCAGCGGGGUUCAGGGCUUUGAUAUUUCUGGUUAUCAGAGCACCGUCGACUUCUCCGGUGCGUAUAAUGCCGGCGCCCGGUUUGUUAUGAUCAAGGCCACGGAAGGCACAACCUACAUAGACAGUUCCUUCUCCAGUCAUUAUGAGGGGGCCACCGAUGCUGGUCUCAUUCGAGGUGGGUAUCACUUUGCCCACCCGGACUCCAGUUCCGGUGCAACCCAGGCCGAGUACUUCCUCGCUCACGGGGGUGGUUGGACAAAUGAUGGUCAGACUCUGCCCGGUAUGCUGGACAUUGAGUAUAAUCCUUCCGGCUCGACUUGCUAUGGACUGAGUGAAGCCGCUAUGGUUUCAUGGGUCCAGGACUUUGGCGAGACCUACAACAGCAAGACUGGUCGCUACCCUAUGAUCUACACUACCGCUGACUGGUGGAAUACCUGCACCGGUGGUAGCACUGCCUUCGGUGCAGAUUAUCCUCUAGUGUUGGCUCAGUAUGCAACCUCUAUCAGUACCAUCCCUGGUGGCUGGUCAUACCAGAGCUUCUGGCAGAACUCGGAUUCCUAUAGUUACGGCGGCGACUCGGAUCUCUGGAAUGGCAGCGAAGCAAAUCUGAAGACAUUUGCCAAAGGCUCGUGA